CUUUUCUAUAGAAAGCUUUCAUACCACCAUGAUGUUUAGUUAGCUUCAUGAAAAGUUAUGAUCCUGCAAUGGCAAAGAAGAGCUGGUUUAGUGUGUUAAGGAAGUUCUUCACAGUAGAAGCACGCUCAAACCGAGAUAAGGGGCAGAAGAGAAGGAAAUGGAUAUCUGGAAGACUGUUUAUCAACCCUCAUGUCGUGAUUUCAGCUCCACGGCUUUCUGGGGAAAGAACAGUAAUAAGUGAAACAGAGCUAGUGCACAGCAAGCAUGAAUAUAAUGGGGACAUACUGGCAGCUAAUCCUGUACCUGUUCUUGUUCAAUCUCCUCAACGGAGCAAAGAGGAAUUACAAGAGUUCGAUGCCAUCAAAGCUGAAUGCAAUACUCCUCCACCUACACCACAAUGUGAGAUGGAAAUUCAAGAAUCUGCUGCCAUCAAAAUUCAAACAGCCUUCCGAGGUCACCUGGCAAGAAAAGCGCUGAGGGCUUUAAAGGGACUUGUGAAACUUCAAGCUAUUGUCAGAGGUAGAGCUGUUAGACGGCAAGCUAUUGUUACUCUCAACCGAUUGCAGUCAAUCGUCAAUAUCCAGUCACAAUUUCGUAUGAAUAGAAGCCAGACAAUGGAUAAAACUCAAUGUUUUCAACAAAACAAAGAACUUCAAGAGUUCGCAGACAAGGACAUAAAGAUGGAUUUUAACAGUCAAAAACGACGAGAUAGUGGUCUUCUUACAAAGGAAGAAGAGAAUAUCCUUUGUUCAACCAGGAGAAUGGCUGCUAUCAAACGAGAGAGGCUCAAGGAGUACACAUUUAGCAACAGAAGGUCAGCGGAACUGGAGCUAAACAAAGUUGAUGGAAGAUGGAGAUACUGGUUACAACAAUGGAUUGACACCCGAAUGGCUAACACUGAAGAUCUCCAUGAUGUUGCUUCCGUGUCCUCACCAAAAACAAAAGGUAGAGAAGAAUCAAGAAGCAGAUUAACUAAGUCAAGAACUACAAGGCAACAAUGCAACAAAGACAACGAAUUAGACAUUACGCCAAGGGUAAGACCAUUUCGUCAUCUAAAACACCAGUCCAUUCAAGAAGAUGGCAAUUUUUGCAGAGGUAAAUCUGCAGUAGUCCCAACUUACAUGGCUGCUACAGAAUCUGCUAAGGCUAAAGUAAGAUCGACAAGUUCGCCAAGACCAAGGCCAGUAAACUUUGAUGCUCAAUCAGAAACACUUUCUCCAUACAAACACAAGAUAUCUCCUAUUUCUUCUAUUAAUAGUGAAGUGACAGCAAUCAGUAUGCUUGCCAAUUCUUGCACCGGAUUCGUACAAAAGACUACUGGUUCCAAAGGGCAUGUAAGAUCUAAGAGAACUUUGAAGUACUUGAGCACUGAUUAA